AUCAAAUUUGAACUAUAGGUUCAGUAUCCUAACGUAGUUAAUUAUCUUAUGUAGUUGUUCAUAAAAAUAUGGAAAACGAAGCUAUUAUUAAUUCUGAUCAUAACGUUGAAAAGUCUGUUUCUUUACCGAAUUUAUUUGGAAUUGUUUCUCAAAUUGUGCUGGAUGAUAAAUCACAAAAUUUAAUAGAACAAUUGGCUAAGUGCAAGAAGAAUAUUAAACCUGUCAGUGAAGAAUAUUGCAACGAUAAGGAGAAUAUUCGUCGCAGGCUGAGCGAUAGUAAUCGUAUUAUAUCAGAACUUUUGCGAGAUGGACUAGAACUUGUUCAAGACAUUCAAGUCGCUAAUGAUAAGCGAGAGGUCGAGAGGCGUGUGAAAGAAGCAGAAAUAAGAGAAGAGCUGUUAGAAACACUACACAUCGAAACAGACGAAGCAGUUGCCAAGUUUGAAACAAUUUCUGAGAAAUGGAUGGAACUGAAGAAAGUAAAAGAUCCAAUGGGGAUUAAUGAUGAAUUGCAAGUUCAAAAAGAAUGCAUACAAACUCUGAUGAAACAGAAAGAUAACAUAAUUGAUGAAUGUCGCAAAGAACUAAAGGCAGCGGAUGAUCGUUAUACAAGAGAUUUACUUAAACAAACCACUUAUAUCCACAGCUUAGUUGAACGUGUUGACAAUCAAAUCGAAACAAUGAAUCGUGCAUUCAAAGAUCAACUCAAUUUGCUAGAAAAUACAAUUGACGAAGAAAGAUCAAUUUUACGGCAGGCUACUACGAAAAAAUGGGAUGAUAUGUAUACAAGACGGGCAGUUAUUGAGCGGCUUAAAAUGAAGCAGGAAAAUGAAAGGUUAGAAUUCUAUGAAGACGCAAUAGGUCGAAUAGAACAAGAACAUAUUGAAAUGACCAGAGCCACCAGAAUUAGGUUAGAGCAGGACAAUCAAGCGUUGGAAAUCGAACUACAAAACGCUAAAACCAAAACAACACUCAAUUCGGAGAAGCUCGAUUACAAUUUUCAAGUACUUAAGAAACGCGAGGAUGAAAAUUUAUUAGUUCGAAAUGCUCAAAAACGGCGGUUAACGAAACUUAAUGAGACAGUUUUUGUUCUGCGGAGAAAAAUUAAAGAUGCACAAAUGAGUUGUCUUAUUGAAACUGAAAAAAUAACGUCUGAUAUCAUGAAGUUGCGUUCUACCAUCAGUCAAAUGGAUCUGAAGGUAAACACGUUUACUCAAAUGAAUGAUAAAAAGUACCAAUCUGUAUGGCAAAUGAAUAAAAACGAGUGUGUUGAUAUUUUGAAAAGUGUUUUUGAAAUUGACAAAAUUCUUACUGAGCAACAUUUAGGUCGAAAAUGGACAUUUCCUACAGUAUCGAAGGAUUAUACUAAGAAACAGACACAGUUAGGAGCAGUAGAUAAGGAUAAUAACACAUGUACUACAUCAAAAAGCGUCCUUAACGAACGGGAUCAGUUCUUGGAUAUUCUACAUGGUUUUAUGGAGCAAGCUGGGUUUCUCGUGGAUAAAACUGUAGUGAAGCUCAUGGAUACUUAUGCACGGGAAGAUCAAAGCUUAGUUUGUUUGGACAACAUUUUCAAUGCUUUAGGUAUUUCAAACUGGGAUGACGUCAAAAUAUUGAGAGAAAAGUUCAGUUGUAUUGAAAAUACACGUUUUGACUCAAAUAGCGUGUCUACCAUAAAGUCCGAUGAAACGAAUAGCGAUAUGAUUGAUCGGAAGUUUAAGGUUGAAACUGAUUAUAAGUUUAUUGAUCAAGAUGUUAACUCUAAAUUGGAUGCUUCAGAAAAUCUACGCUCACUCAAACAGUUUUCGGAACAGUUAAUGGCAGUAGACACCAUACUAGGCAGUUCAGAACAAAACAUCUCAUCGAGAAAAAUGUCUAUCAAAGAUGUCAAAGAGUACUGGGAAGUGUUCAGGAGUGUUUUCUCUUCCGAUAAAGUUAAGAUUUGGACUCUAAUGGAGAAUAACUUAACUUAUUAUCUACAGGUUUUGAAAGACCGUAAAGCAUUAGAUGAAGAGUGCGAUUUUUUGAGGAAACAAAACUUGGAGCUUCAGUACUUGCUUCAGAAAAUGUCAGUCUCAAAGGAAUAAUUUGCACAAAAAAAAAUCUGUUGUAGAAAUAAAAGGAAAAAAAAACUGUAGUUGGUGAUGGAAUAAGAAUGCACGCAGGAGAAAAAAAAAACAAACAACUUUAUAGCAAAUUUAACUCAACAAAUUAUUUUGAAAUAAACGAAUUAUGG